AUGUCUGAUAAAAGUCAUGAGACAACAGAAAUAAUAGAGAAACAUUUUAAAAUUCAAAAUCUAGAUACACAAUCAAGUGCAAGUUUAUCUGAAAAUUAUGAUCCUGUAUGCGAAACUGCAAAAUUAGCAAAUGAAUUAGGAAUAAAUCAAAAAAGACUAAAAUGGAAAGUUGAUCUUUACGUUGUUCCACCAUUUUGUUUAUUAUAUUUUUUAGCAUUUUUGGAUAGAGUCAACAUUUCAAAUGCUAAUUUAUAUGGAUUAUCAACAGAUUUGGAAUUAACUGGUACUGAUUACAAUGUAGCUUUGACUAUGUUUUUUGUUCCAUAUAUUUUUUUCGAGUUAUUAGGUAAUUAUACUAUUAAAUAUGUAACUCCACAUGUAUGGUUAUCUGGAUCAGUGUUCUUAUUCGGUUGUAUUACGAUUGGUAUAGCGUUUGUUAAAACAAAAUUUCAACUUUAUGCUACUAGAUUUUUGUUGGGUAUGACUGAGUCAGUAUUGUUCUGUGGUGUUUUUUAUGUUUUGGCAACUUAUUAUAUUCAAAAGGAAUCACUUAAAAGAUUCACUGCUUUUUUUUCGACAACGUCUUUGAGUGGUGCAGCAAGUUCACUGAUUGCUUAUCGAGUGAAUGCAUUAGAUGGUAGAGCUGGUCUUGCUUCCUGGCGAUGGUUAUUUUUAGUUCAAGGUAUAGCUACAGUUGCAUGUAGUUUUGUUUUAUUUUUCAUUGUAUCUGACUUUCCUGAAACUAAUAGAUUUUUAAGUGAUGAUGAAAGAAAAUUUAUAAAAAAGAAAUUGGAAUAUCACGCUGGUGUUAAAUCUUCAUACGAUGUUAAAAAUUCAAUAUGGGAUGCACUCAAAUGUUUAAAAGAUUGGAUGAUUUGGUUACCUACAUUAGCCUAUUUUGGUUUAGUUAUACCUUCGUAUGGUUAUGCAUAUUUUGCUGCUACUAUCAUUCAAGAUUUAGGUUACACUUCAGUUGCAGCUCAACAACAUUCAGUUUAUCCAUGGGUAUGUUCAUUUUGUGUUAGUAACAUAGUUGCAUUUUGUUCAGAUUAUACUGGAGUUAGAGUACCUUUUGUAUUAGGUGCAUGUGCUAUUGCAAUGACUGGUUUAUCUAUGAUUUUAGGUGCUACAGAAAAUCCAUCAAUAAGGUAUGGUGGUUGUUUUUUGGCAGUUUCAGGACUUUUCACCGCAAUGCCAGUAUUAGUAUGUUGGGCGGCAUUAAAUUGUGGAUCUCAUAUAAGAAAAUCAGUUGGUACAUCAUGGCAAAUUGGAUUUGGAAAUAUUGGUGGUAUUAUUGCAACUUUUAUUUUUUUAACAAAAGAUGCUCCAUUUUAUGUUCCUGGGUUAGCAACUUCAUUAGCAUCUCUUUGUUUUGCUAUUGCUUGUUCAUUAGCUUACUGGUUUAUGUGUUAUAGAUUGAAUAAAGUGAAAAAGACUAAGGCGUAUAGAGACGACUUUAAUUCAUUGAGUGAAAAAGAACAAAUUAACUUAGGUGAUAGAAAUCCUGAUUUUGUAUAUUUACAUUGA